GUGGGCCAAGGUAGAGCAUGCUGAGAGAGGGAGGAGGGAGCAGGGGGCUGAGCUGAUCCCACGUGUGACGCUUUCAUUCCCGGCUCAGUAAUAUUCUCAUAGCGGGGCUUUGCAUAUCUCCUGCCGUAUCUGUGUGUGUCUGUCACUGUGACUGUAGUCCCAGCCUAUAGUUUGAAAUAGAUAUGGAAGGAGACGGGAGUCAAGCCACAUCCGGAAGCCUAAAUGAUUCACAACAUGACCCGGGUAAAAUGUUUAUCGGUGGCCUCAGCUGGCAAACCUCACCAGACAGCCUUAGAGACUAUUUUAGUAAAUUCGGAGAAAUAAGAGAAUGUAUGGUGAUGAGAGACCCCACGACAAAACGCUCAAGAGGGUUUGGGUUUGUUACGUUUACAGAUGCUGCCAGUGUAGAUAAAGUCUUAGCUCAACAACACCAUGAAUUAGACUCAAAGACGAUUGAUCCUAAGGUUGCCUUUCCCCGUCGCGCCCAGCCUAAGAUGGUCACAAGAACAAAGAAAAUAUUUGUGGGUGGCUUGUCAGCCAAUACAGUAGUGGAAGAUGUGAAGCAGUAUUUUGAACAGUUUGGGAAGGUUGAUGAUGCCAUGCUUAUGUUUGAUAAGACUACUAACAGACAUAGAGGAUUUGGUUUCAUAACUUUUGAGAGUGAAGACAUCGUAGAGAAAGUCUGUGAAAUUCAUUUUCAUGAAAUCAAUAACAAAAUGGUAGAAUGUAAGAAGGCCCAGCCCAAGGAGGUGAUGUUCCCACCAGGUACACGAGGGCGAGCCAGGGGUCUGCCCUACACCAUGGAUGCCUUCAUGUUGGGGAUGGGCAUGCUGAGUUACCCUAAUAUUGUGGCAACAUAUGGCCGCGGAUACACUGGAUUCGCACCCAGCUACAGCUACCAGUUCCCUGGCUUCCCAGCGACAGCAUACGGACCGGUGGCAGCAGCGGCAGUAGCAGCAGCGCGAGGCUCAGGUAGGGGGGCCCGUGGAAGAGGCGGCUACUUGGCGUACCCACAGAGCACAGGGCCAGGCCUCCCCGAUUAUGGGUUUUACUCUGCGCCCAGUGACCAGAGGGGGGGGCCCUGCUCCUUUGCUGACUAUGGCUCCCUGGGGCCCCAAGCGGCUCAGAUGCUGCACAGUGAGCAUGCCACCUCCGCCUGCAACUCCCCCCUCCAGCACCUACACAGCCCGGAUCAAUUUAAGAACCCAGGCACCAACCCGUCAAGGCCCGGAGGUUUCCCUGGUGCUAACAGUCCAGGGCCUGUGGCUGACCUGUACGCACCCAGCAGCCAGGAUUCGGCUGUGGGCAACUACAUCAGUGCUACUAGCCCUCAGCCUGGCUCUGGGUUUGGCCCCAGCAUCACCGGCCCGUUGAUUGCGACAGCUUUUACAAAUGGAUACCAUUGAACAGGUGGCCGGUUGCCAUCUCAUCAGAGCAGAGUAUAUCUGGUGGCCCAAGAAAGACAGGACGAAGUUUCUAAUUGGCUUUGUGUGCAGGUGAUGCUAUCCAACUUCAAGCACUACAGCAUCACCAGGGCAAAAAGAGCGAAAGUCGGAACCAUAUGAAGAAGAAAAGAAAACGUCAGUCAUCUCAGAAAAAUAACAACUGCUGUACUAUAAUCCAAACCUCCUAUAACUUUACAACCUGGUUUGGUAUGAUGUUUCACGUCGAUUUCACUCACCUAUUUCCUUCCUCUGUUAGCUUUUGUUUUGAUUAGUUUUUAGGAAGUCUUUUUAGUUUAACCUUAAUUUUUUGUCAUCUUAUUUUAUCUUACAGUAUAUUUGUGUAAAUGGAUUUUGAUUUGAAAUUUGACGUAUGGGGGUCAUAGCCAAGAAUAUCUGCAAGUCACGUCUUCAUCUUUGUAUUGGUUAGUGUAAAGGAGAAACAAUUGGAUGUUCCAGUCUUUUCGGGGGGUGGGGGGGAAGAAGAAGAAGAAGAAGAAGAAGAAGAAGAAGAAGAAGAAGGAGUUCAGUGUGGAGAGACUAAGAGGAAAAAAAAAAUUUUAAGGAAAAUUUAAAGAGGGUAUCUAAGUAAUAAACCUUAGUAGCUGUUUUAUUUCUUGUGAUGUCUCAUUGUUAACCAUAAUUACCUAUUUUUGGGCAAUACAAAGAGGACUCCAAUAUUUUUAUGGUCCUUUUUUAUAAGUGUUGUUUUUGUUGUUUAGAAAUAUAUAUAUAUGCUAUAACAAAUUUCAUAUAACUACAUUGUGAAUUCAAACUUGAGAAAAAGAAAUGUAGCUGUACAUAUUAUUCCAGUCACUGCAUAUAACCAACUCAGUGAGAGAAUAGCAUAUUUUUGUGAUGGUGUGUCAAAAGAACAUGUUAUAGCGUGUGAAUAGAAGAAAAAGCUGUAAACAGUUAUUAUUAUACUUUUUUCUGCUGGAAGACGGUAUAAUGACCCCAGAGACAAACAGAACACACUUGCUCUGUAAAUACUGAAGCUGAAUAAUUUUACAAGUGUCAUACCAGCAAAUUUACAAACGGUGAGUAAAGUCAACACAGUUUUAAGAGAUAAAAAAAAAAAAGAAAAAAACAGCCUGGUUGGUAUCUUUUGUCUAACUGUUAAGACAUCAGUAUCAUUUCAAAGAGAGAGAGAGAGAGAGAGAGAGAAAAAAAAAAAAGACGAUUUAAUCCAAAGCACACUGUACUUAGAUGUGAAGAUUAGAACUUGAACCAGGCAUUUUACAGUGCUCUGUGCAUCCUGACACUUUUAUACUCCUGAGAGGAACUUGUUAGCUGUAUGUUAUUGUUCGUUUCAUCCUGCUUGUUCCUGAUUCAUUUUUGGAACACAAUAAUAUCUGGGCUCUGUGCUCGAGCCUUUAUGUGAUGCUUGUUCUCUGAAUCAGUUCUUUUUGAAUGAAUUAGGAAAGUAAACAUUUUGAUACCAUACCUCAGCCUUUGUGAGUUCUAUCGUGGAAUCAUUGGCAGGUUUAAUUUAUUCUAGUGGCAAAAUAACUGAUAACACUGACAGGUAAUAAAGCGAGUAAUCAUUGCACUGUGAGUAGUAAAGUACAGGCCAUUUUCCUAUUUGCACAUGUAUAUGUUGGCUUUUUAAAAACGGCCCUGUGCUUUGGGAUAGUAUGAAGGAUUUUUGGGUAAACAUAUUCUCGGCUAGACAAAGCAUUUCAAAAGUUUUGAGGUGAGUUAACAGCUUGGGAAAUAGUAACUGACAUGUUGCAGUGUGCACUUGGAUUUCUUUAUAUAUUAGACCCAUGUCUCAUCAAAAGAAACUUAAACAGGGUCGAAAUAUGACACUGAAUUAUUCACUAUCUGUGGCUGCACCAGGUUUUACACAGUAUGCGUGGUUAAUGAUUUUACUCAUGACAAACAUUUAAUGAUAAUAUGCUCCAGAGUGCAGACCGCUUCUUAAAGUCACUGAUGGACUGAAUGGUGUGUAUUCUGAACUACUUUACCUGCAGCAGGUGUAUUUUGUUGUUUUCAUUUUACCCACUUCUUGUCUCAGUUCUUUUGUUUCAAAACAACCAGGUAAAGAAAUAUGCUGGAUACUUCUAAAGUAACUGACAUGGAGGUGUGAUCAAGUAAUAAUUUAAAGAGUUAAAGAAAAAAAAACCCUUGUAAUGUUCAAAUGUAAAAGAAAAUAAGAAAUACAAAACUAUAAAAAAAAAAGAAAGAUGCUUCUUUGCUGAUUUCAAGUUUAAUCAGAGUUUUAUUGAUACUUUGUGGUUUAUAUAUUAAUAAUUGUAAUAUACUAUUAAAAUGUACUGUGCAUCCAUUGCUUUCUCUCUUUCCAUUCCCCAUCCUCAGAGAUCCUACUUCUUUUGUUGAUCAUUCAUGUAUUUCAUUAGUGUGUAAAGAAAUCACAGUUAACUUGUAAACAGAGUGCUGUCUUUGAUACCAGUGUAGUGGUCUUUGUUGUUCUCCCUUUGCUCUACCUCUCCUUUCUCUCAUAUUUAUCCCUCUCCCUCUCGCGCUCUUUUUCUAUCUCCUGUACUUACAAAGUAGAUGUUAUAUAGGACUCAUUAAUAUAAUACUUGUAGUGAAUAGUGGAUUUAGGACCAGUCAAGAUAGACCUUUCUCUAAAUGAUCAUGUUAUUCUGAGAUUUGCAGACAAUUAUUUUGAUAGAGGUUCAUUGUAAUUUAUUCCCUGUAUGUUUUCUUUUUGGUUUGGUUUUGCCACUCUCACAUGGUUUCAGCUAACCAAAGCUCUCAUGGAUGAACAAUAGAGAAACAGUUGCUGUAAGAUGGAAUUGUUCACAAGGCAUUAUUUGGAUCCCCACCCUUGAAUGUUUUAAAAGGGGUGUGCCAUACUACCUUAAAUGCUAAUGCUAGAUAUGCAAAACGUGUUUUUGAUUAUUUUUUAAUAGGGGACACAAGCUAUAAUCAUGGAAAAAGAUUUUAUGUGAAAAAAUAUUUCAUAUUUUUUUAAGAAACAUACCAAUGAUUACCAGAAGAGUCAUAUUAUCAGUCACAGUGCUGUUAAAACAACCUGUUAUAUCUUUCAAUGUUUGUACACUUUGGAAAUUUCCCAGUUGUUUUUAGAUAAUACUGUUUUUGAUCUCUUAUCUCUCUCAAAUCUUGCGUCAGUAAUUCCAAUAACUUUAGCGUUCUGGGAAUUAAUUUUCAUUUCAAUCCGUUAUCAGUGUUGUUAACACAUACUGACAUUAUCCAGGCGUUACUGUAGAAAUAAAAUAAAAAAAACUGCAAAAGACUCAACUAAACAGAAAACCUCCAGAGGAAUAUUAGCAAGUGUUGAAGAAUGAGUUGUGAAUCAAGGUUGAUUAUUAGCUGGUUAAAUUCACCUAUUGAUGUUGGAGCAGCACCCUAAAUCUGAGAUUCAUUGCAAAGCUAAAUGGGAGCAGCAAUAGAUUGUAUUAAAGCUUGAAUUGAAAUGCUCAAAACACCAUGUCAAAGCAUGUCCACGAUUCAGACCUGCUGGAUUUACACAGGCAGCUGUGUUUCAAGCAAAAACAAACCUAUUAUAAACAAGCCAAUUCAAUUUAGCAGCUCAAGCUGUGUGCACACUCCAGUCACAGAUUGAGUUAUUUUUUGAGUAUAAUUUGAAUAAAACAUAAUUUAGGUUUUAUAUCAGUUAUUUCAUUUAUUUCACCUCAUGGGGUCUUAAAAUUGAAUCUGUUAGAUUAAUAAACAACAUUAAUGUCUAUUGAUUCUUCGCGUCUGGCUGUCAGAGCACAGACAGUAUGUACAGUAAUGGCAGCUUUGUUAGUGACGCUGAUAGACAAACAAGUAUACAGUACAGGGUAUGAUUUGAAAAUAAACAAAUUACCCUGAAAGACAACUGUAGAAUAAUGAAGUAAUUGAUGCGUUAGGUAGCACAUUAAAAAAUGCUUUCGCCCCUAAAUUAUAGAAAAACAAAGGAAAGCUAAAAGCCAUUUAUUUCAAAAAUAACAAGUAUUAAUGCUUAUGUUCACAUCAUUUGCACAUUUUCAUGUCGAAAUGUCUCACCAGUAGGAAAACACUACAUAUAACAGGAAACAUUUGAGUCAUUUGACUGUACCAACUAGUUUUGGUUUAUUCUGAGCACGUUCCUCCAGUUCAUUUGCAGCAUCGUCCCUUAAGUUUAUCUCAGUAUUUAAAAAUAACAAACUAUACUUCAAACCAAAUACAAGAAGCUCAUUAGGAGUUGUAGCUGAUUCCAAUUUCACUGCCAUUUCAUCUGAAAAACAGUGCAACAAGUAUAAAAUGUUUUGUUUGUUUCACUGUUACAGUGCCUGGUGGCUUAGACUUGAAUUAAACUGAAAGAAUACAACCUGAAAUGACUCAUUUUCCCAAAAUAAGAACCGACUCUUCUGUUGUUUUGUGAUCCUGUAGCUUGGACUUUAAGGUAGCAUGGCUCUGUUGCUGUAAUUUCAUUUUAUCUCAAACUGACAGCAGUUUACAGCUGAUGAAUGUUUCACAUCUUAGUAGACUAGCUUAUCCAUUUGGGGAGAGGGGAGGGAUCUUGGUUUAAGAAAAAAAAAUAAUCAAAAAAGAAAAAAAGUCAACCUGGAAGGUGUUGACAUUUGUAGUGUACUACCGUAUCCAUUUAAACUUGAAUCUUGAGGCAAGUGCUAGGCAAUGGCCAAACAAUUUAUCCCAUCCGUUCUGGGAAAAUCGCACCCUGAAACCACAAGCACUUGUGAGAUUUCUGUCAUCUGGGAUUCAAAUCUGUUUUAUGAAUAUGAACAACCGUCGCC